ACCCUAUCACUGCCUGCCACGAUCGUGAUCACUCGAUCGGUCGACACGAUCCCAAUGGUGUAUUUUUAACCCAUACAUGCCUGCACCGCAGGAUUCCUCUCUUGGGUUGACGGCUGCCACAAGAUCGACGGCUGAGAUGCAGCGAUGACACGUUCGUUUGCACCGUUCGUCGUGCGCUCACGACUGCUACUUAGCCAGCAAAUUUUGCCUACUACUAGUACUAAUAUAUAUACAACCACUUGCGAUGCGACCGGCAACUUGCAACUUGCAAGGUGGAACGUUGCAGCUCACGCUCGAUCGCUCGCCGGCCGGACGGCACGUCGGCCUUUGUGUCACCCAGCUAGCUAGCCAUCGCGCGCGAUGAUGGAGAAGCACGGUGGCAAGGUGACGUCUGACCGGCGAGCCGGCCGCCGGCAGCACGGCCAACGCUGUUCGGCGAGCGACGCCGCCCCUCUCGUCGUCGUCGUGAUCCUCAUCGUCGCCGCGCUGUUCCUCAUCCUCGGCCCGACCGGCUCCUCCAGCUUCACCGUGCCGCGGAUCCGCGUCGUGUUCAACGAACCCGUCCACGUCGCGGUGGCGGCUCCGCCUCCGCCUCCGCCGCCGGCGCAGAUGCAAGCCGGCGCCAACGCGAGCAGCGAGGAGGAUAGUGGCCUCCCGCCGCCGCGGCAGCUGACGGACCCGCCCUACUCGCUGGGGCGCACCAUCCUGGGCUACGACGCGCGGCGUUCGGCGUGGCUGGCGGCGCACCCGGAGUUCCCGGCGCGCGUGGCGCCCGCGGGGCGGCCGCGCGUGCUGGUGGUGACCGGGUCGGCGCCGGCGCGGUGCCCCGACCCGGACGGCGACCACCUGCUUCUGCGCGCGUUCAAGAACAAGGUGGACUACUGCCGCAUUCACGGCCUCGACGUGUUCUACAACACGGCGUUCCUGGACGCGGAGAUGUCGGGGUUCUGGGCGAAGCUGCCGCUGCUGCGGAUGCUGAUGGUGGCGCACCCGGAGGCGGAGCUGAUCUGGUGGGUGGACUCCGACGCGGUGUUCACCGACAUGCUGUUCGAGAUCCCAUGGGAGCGGUACGCGGUGCACAACCUCGUGCUCCAUGGCUGGGAGGCCAAGGUGUUCGACGAGAAGAGCUGGAUCGGCGUCAACACCGGCAGCUUCCUCAUCCGCAACUGCCAGUGGUCGCUCGACCUGCUCGACGCGUGGGCGCCCAUGGGGCCGCGCGGGCCGGUGCGAGACAGGUACGGCGAGCUCUUCGCCGAGGAGCUCUCCGGCCGGCCGCCGUUCGAGGCCGACGACCAGUCGGCGCUCAUCUACCUUCUGGUCACGCAACGGCAGAGGUGGGGGGACAAGGUGUUCAUCGAGAGCUCCUACGACCUCAACGGGUUCUGGGAGGGCAUCGUGGACAAGUACGAGGAGCUGCGGCGGGCGGGGCGCGACGACGGCCGGUGGCCGUUCGUCACGCACUUCGUCGGGUGCAAGCCGUGCCGGAGGUACGCCGACAGCUACCCGGCGGAGCGGUGCCGGCGCGGCAUGGAGCGCGCGUUCAACUUCGCGGACGACCAAAUACUGAAGCUGUACGGGUUCGCGCACGAGUCGCUGAAUACCACGGCCGUGCGGCGCGUCAGGAACGAGACCGGCGAGCCGCUAGACGCCGGCGACGAGGAGCUCGGCCGGUUGCUGCACCCCACGUUCAGAGCCGCAAGGCCCACGUAGACGAUGACUACCCCUGUCUCUCAGGAAAUUUCCUCGUUUCUCACGGUUGACCAUGUUUUCCUGGAGUUUUUGUCCUCGGUGUUUCUGUUUUUUGGGGUUGACGCUCGUGAGUGCUCAAUUCCAGAUUAGUUCUGAUCCAAAUAUUACUCCUGUACAAUCAUCGCUUUGUAAGUGCCAUAGUAUUUCGGCUAUCUGAAAGGUAACACUGAUAAAGGGAUAAUCGCUUUUAACUGUAGAUGCAAGUUUGGUUUCCAGUUUUUUCGAUUGUUUGUUUGACCCAACAGAAUCGAGACUCGUGGAU